GCUAUUAUAUAUACCUACACCAAUCAUUCAGAACAAGCAGUGAAACACAAACCUAAAAAAGAAAACUUUCUUUCUUGUCUUGUAACAACUAACAAACAUCAAGAAGAUGAUGCAAUCAGAGCUUCUUCGUAACUCAUGGUCUUCAACUUUCCCUCAAACUGAAUUUUGUGCUAUCCAAAUUGAAAAUAAAAAAUAUGGUCUUUCUGAUUCUUCACUCAACUCCUCUGGGAUUGCCUUCUCAGACUUCACAUCCCUUUUUCCUGAUGAUGUUUUUACUGAUCUUUCAAUGGAUGAUUUGGAGUUUGAUGAUGUUUGUAGAUGGUUAAAUGAUAGUGAAGGAAAUGAAAAUAUGAAUAUUUCUAUCUCUUGUGAGAUGCAAAAGGAUGGAAAUUUAUGGAGUCCUGCUAUUUCAGGAGUAUCAACAAAUAGUGCCAUUUCACUUGUAAUUCCAGGAAAUAGUAAGGAAAUGAAUACUCAAAUAAGCCUUCAUCAUUUAUUAGCAGCAUAUGGAGAGGCCAUAGAAAAUGGUCAUAAGGAACUAGCAGAAGUGAUCAUAAGAAGCAUAAAGGGAAAAAUAAAUCCUUUAGGCGAAUCAUUGGAACGCGUUGCAUCCAAUUUGUUCUUGAAGAUAGAGGAUCAAGAAGAUUACUUAAAACAAGAAUCAAGCAACAAUCUUGAAGUAGCAUUUAAGGCUUUCUACCAAAUUUUCCCAAUAGGGAAAUUUGCUCAUUUUGCUGCUAACUCAGCAAUAUUGGAAUCCAUUCCAGAUGACGUAGAAACUAUUCACAUAGUGGAUUUUGAUAUGGGAGAAGGGAUUCAAUGGCCUCCAAUUAUUGAAGCCAUUUGUCAAAGAAGAAAGGCUUUGAAAUUAACAUCCAUAAAGAAAACAAAGGAAGAAUCAACCAGUGAUCAGUGGAGAUUUGAGGAGAUAAAAAGAAGACUUCUUGAUUAUGCAAAACCUUUUGGCCUAAGAUUACAAAUUGAGGAGAUGACAGUUGAAGAAUUGGCAAGUGAAAUGAGAAGAAUGAAAAAAAGGGGAAAAGGGAAUGAAUGGUUGGUUUUCAAUUGUAUGUUUAAACUCCCACACAUGGGAAAAACAAGGUGCAGAAUCCAUGCCUUGGAAUUUCUAAAACUAGCUAAGGAAAUGUUAUUAGCCAAUUCUUCAACUCACACAGGACUUGUCACUUUUGGUGAUGGAGAAGCAAUGGACAAUAGGCACAAUACUAAUACUUUUUCUACAUUCUUUAAUAAGAAUUUGGUAUAUUACCAGUCGAUUUUCGAGUCGUUGGAGUUGUAUUUUCCAGCUUAUCUUGCAGAAGCAAGACUUGCCAUGGAAUCCCUUUUUAUAGCACCUCAAGUCUGCUCAUUUUCUUGGUUUCAAAACUGGGAAGAGAUGAGAAAUACUUGUGAUUCUUGUGGAGAAAUUGGAUUAAAAGGCAAAAGAAUAAGCAAAGAGAACUUGUUACAAGCCAAGGAAUUGGUCAAUGAAAGAGAAACUCCAUUAAAGGUGAGGAUUGAAGAACAAAGGCAACAUGAAAUGGUCUUGGAAUGGAAAGGGACACCAUUGGUGAGUGUUUCAAUUUGGAUGUAG